CGUAACCCAAAAGUUUCCAUUUUACUAAUUUAUGGACAUGACAUGGUGAAUAGUAUCCUUCAAACGUCGUCGAAUCACACAAUAGCAUCUGAACAGACACUUCCAUUUCUUCUUCACUCUCUGCAGCAUCGUCAUAGCUCCAUCUUCACCUCUGGCCUUUCUCCAAAAAUUCAAAACAUACACACACAAACACACACUAUGUCUUCUUCUCCAAAGUUCUUCAGAAUGGUAUUGCAGAGAAAUCUCGACGACCCAAAACUGAUGAUUCCGAAGAAGUUUGUGGAAGAUUAUGGUAAGGUUUUGUCAAAUUCAGUUAAUUUAAAGCUUUCAGAUGGAAGGGAAUGGAAGGUGGGUUUAAGAACGGCUACGAACGGCGCUGUUUGGCUAGAAAAGGGUUGGGAUAAAUUUUCAGAACAUUACUGUUUAGAGUUUGGGUCUUUGCUGAUCUUUACAUUAUUAGAUGGAAGGAGGAGUUCGGAUUUUGGAGUAACUAUAUUUGACCCAACCGGAGUGGAAACCAAAUACUUUUCUUCUUCACCACAAUUUAAUGAGGAUUCUUAUUCUCAUUCCGACUCCGACUCCGACUCCGACUCCGAUGGCAAUACCAAUACCAAUUCCGACAUCAAUACUGAUUCCGAUUCUGAUGAAAGUUCAGAGAGUUUUCGUGGACAUUCGAAGAAGAGGAAGAAUGUUUCAGUUCCAUGUAGUCAAUCUCGUAGGAAAAUGAGAAAGGACGAUUCGUUUACAAUCAAAACAGAACCUGCAGAAGCAGAAGCAGAAGCAGAAGCAGAAGAAGAGUGCAAUCAUAUAUCUAGAGAGACUCAAAGCCGUAAGAAAAGAGUAAUCCCAAAACACGAAGUUAAGGUUUCGAGGAAAAAGCAACAAUCACCAAGGAAAGUUGAAACAACUCAAAGAUUCAGCUCAAAAUCAGAUCAUAAACCUUCCUUCAAAGUUGUCAUGCGACGGUCCAACGUACAAGGUAGAUUUAUCAUGGUUAUUCCCUACGAUUUUGCUGUGAAAUAUUUAUCUGAGGAAUUUGGAACUAUUAACCUUCAAACUACAAAUGGUAGAAAUUGGCAACUUUUAUACAAAUGGCGUCGAACGGAUCGAGCAACUUUUGCAUACAUUUCAAGUGGGUGGAAGCAAUUUGUUGAGAAAAAUCGCUUGAAACAAGGGGAUGUUGGAUUGUUUCAAUUGGUUAGCAAACACAGAAUUUUGUUCACCAAAUUACAAAACGACUCACUUUCAACGAAGAAAGAAACUGCAACUACAGGAAAUCCCUUCUUUGAAGUGGACAUUGUGUCCAAAAGCUACAUGUUUUCAUUUCUGAACAUUCCUACGAGAUUCGCGAGGACAUAUUUUUCACCCAAAAUGCAGUCUGCAAGCCUUCAAGUUGGGAAUAAAAAAUGGGAUGUGGCAUUAAAGCAAUAUGAAAGUCGGGCUAGAUUCUCAUCUGGUUGGGGCACAUUUCGUGUUGAGAAUGGUUUGGAAGAUGGAGAUACAUGUUUGUUUGAGAUGGUUAAUACUAAACUUUGUGUUUUUGAAGUAAGUAUUUUCAAAAAUGUUUCGACCUCUGUCUCUAUGGAUUAGAAUAUUCUAAUGCCAUAACUAUUCUCUUCUUUGGACAUUUCUUCUAAGUUCUACAAGCGAGAGAGUCAGAAGAUUUGAACUUUGUCUCUUGGUUGUUAAGGGUAGAAUGAUGUAUUUGGUAAGUUUUGGAAGGGUAAGUUGAUAUGUAGGUGUUUUGUGUAUUUUGUGCUCAAUAUGUGGAGCUAAAGGAAAUCAAACUUGACAUAGUUUGAUUUCUGAUUAAUAUAUAUUUUCUUCUUUCUUUUUUUUUUCUUUUUGUGUACAAUAAUAUAUAGGAGAUUGGACCUUCGAUAUUUAGGAACGAGUUGAAUGUCAUCUCACUUUGCUAUUUGAUGUAAUGUUUUGAUGAAAUGUUAGGGACAUAUCAAUCAAUGGUGAUCAAUUAAAUUUGUCCCUACUUUUUGGUUA